AUGCUUGACUUUGACGAAAUUCCCGAACAAACUUCUGUCACCACAGUGGCCAGCUUUUGGUCAGGUUUAGUCGGAGGGCUAGCUGGGCUAGCAGUUGGACAUCCUUUUGUCAAAGUCAGACUGCAAUCGCGCGAAUUGGCGGCUCGUUAUAAAGGCACGCUCAACUGCUUUGCGGUCAUUAUACGUCAAGAGAAAGUGCUAGGGCUGUACAAAGGAAUGGCGGGUGUGGCUGGUGUCAACGCUCUUGUGUUUGGUUCCUAUACCUGGUUUCUGAAUUUGCAAGCAAAAUAUGCUGGACGACCGUUAAAUGGCGACCCUCCACCCCUUCGAGAUACUAUGAUUGCCGGUAUGGGGGCUGGAAUCCUUACUAGUUUCGUUACCUGCCCCAUGGAAUUGGCCAAAGUCCAACUGCAGAGUCAAACCUCCAACGUAGGCGAGAAAUUUAGAGGACCCAUCGACUGCUUGACUCGAAUGUAUGUCACAGGUGGUUUACGGCAAUGUUUCAAGGGGUUGGCUCCGACGACUUUGCGAGAAUUAAGCUUUGGACCCUAUUUUUGCUCGUAUGAAUUUAUUUGCCGUGCACUCACACCCAAAGAUCACCAUGGUUCGGUCCAUGAUAUCACCGGUCCCAAGAUCAUUUUUGCUGGCGGUUGUGCCGGCAUUGUCGCUUGGUGUUCCACUUACGGCGCAGAUGUGGUCAAAACUCGUAUACAAUCAGAACCAAACCGAUACAAAGGAAGCAUCGACUGUUUCCGACAAUGCUACUUGGAAGAAGGUUACCGUAUCUUUUUCAGAGGGUUAACACCGACCAUACUAAGAGCCUUUCCCUCCAAUGCCGCUACCUUUAUGGCUUACAGUUGGACAAUGAAGUUAUUCACAGCAAAGGAGACUCUCGAACAAUGUGACAAAGCCGUGCUAUAA